GGUUGCAGCUGCUUCCGAGACUUCCAAGGCAUCGCCACGCACUGCGAUACCGUCGUCAUUGAUUGGAGUUUGUUUUGACGCAGUGAGUCUAGUUUAAAAUGUCUCUCUUCAAAGGUUGCAGCUACUUCCGGCACUUCCAAGGCACCGCCAUACGCUGCGAUAGCGUCGUCAUUGAUUGGAAUAUGAAAUCUCGAGAAACUGGCGUCCACGCCAAGCCCCUGUGCAAGGAGGUUGCCUUCGGCUGUCCAAUGGGUUACGAGUGCAGGACGCCCAAGGAAGGUUGCCAGAGCCACUGUGAAUGCUAUGACCCGGUAGCCAAUGCGUCUCUGCCGCAGGGCUGUCCCAUCCGCGUCAAGCCAUGCGAGGAAGGACACUUCUGCAAGCCGGACAAGAUCGGUGAUUGCCACGCUUGCAACUGCGACACGCCCUGCUCUCAGGCGACGGGCCGUUUCUCGUGCAAGCCCAAGGCGAACCAGGCGUGCACCCGGAGGAUGGCCCGCGGAAGCUGUCCCGUCUGCCAGUGCGAGGAGUGCCCGCCCAGGGUGUGCCCACGUGACUGCUACGUCAUCCAGCUGGACGCCGGCUGCAAGGAGGUCUGCAUCUGCACCGGCAAGGACGGCGUGCCGUUCGCCCUCCUCAACAGUGCCACCUACUCGUAUUAAUAAAGGACGGAAUAAAAAGAAAAACAAAAAAGGCAGCAGACACUAUGCGA